CGAGGAUGAUCAGCCUUUGAAUGUCUGCUUUACUGAUCUAACGAAGCAUUAAGCAUUAUAUGCAACCGAUAAAGUUUAAACCUUUCGCACAUUGCCUCGAGCUCAUUCUAGAGUAGUUUGUGAUCUGUUAGGUCGGAUCCCGGGGUCGGAUAAUAUCCAUACCAUACCAGACUUUUUGCAGCUCAUUGAGAGGAAGAUUCAAGAUGAGUUCUGUUUUUAUCGACGAAGGAGCAGUUCGAGAUGGAUACGAGAACGUCAGGAAUGACGAAACCCCAGAGAAUUGGGUGGUCCUGAAGUAUGAUGGCAAACAGAUAUUCGUAUAUGAAAGUGGUAUUAACUACGAAGAUUUCUAUGCACAAUUUGGAGAUGAAGAAGCAGUGUAUGGAUACGUUAGAGUUGAGACUGGUGACGAAAUGAGUAGACGGGCAAAGUUUGCUAUGAUUACGUGGGUUGGGUCGAAUAUCUCUCCGCUAAAGAAGGCGAGAGUUAGCACAGACAAAGCCUUCGUCAAACAGGUCUGGAUUCAAUUUGGCAAAGAGAUUAUUGCUGAUGAGAAAUCUGAGUUGGCAUACGACAAGAUAGCAGACAUACUUGAACGGGCAUCAGGAGCCGCCUACGGGACUGGAAAAUAAACUUGAUAUUACGUAAAUAAGCUUAAUCGUUCAUCAUUUUACUUCUUAAUUCUAUUCUAAGUAAAUUUAGGAUGUUUUUCUUUUUAACUUAACUUUCCCUUUUCUCGUAAGCUACGGUCGCAAAGGUUGAACAACGCACCAAAAUGAAUAAGAUCUUCUUUAAAACGAAACGAUUUUGGCUCUAUAAUGGGUUUAGAAUACGUUUUUCAUAAGAAUGCCUCCAGCUAUUCUUUCGUCAUACUUUCGGCCAUCUGACGGUUUUUGUCGUCCCAAGAUGGUGUUAUGUGUAGUUCAUGGCAAUCUCAAGUCAUUCAUGAGAAAAUAUAUUUUAAAUUUAAUUCAUUUUAAAGUUGCAGAAAGUGUGUAGCUACGCCUCACGAAUACCUUACGAACGCCUUAAAAGAAGAAUAGUUCGUUAUAGCACCGUACGAAUUUUCAUUCAAAGAACGUGUUACGAUUUACGAACACCUUUAAACACCGUAACUCAAGGUGUUCAUGCGAUCAUGAUGGGAAUGUAAGGCUUUUAGAAUUGGCUCUCGACCCUACAAAAUCAUGUGUGAUUCUUACGAUGUUCUUACGGCUGCCAUAUACGAACAGAGAUUUUCGUAUGACGUUACAAAAAUCAAUAAACAAGACCGUCGACCAAGCUGCGAACUUCCUACGGCCUUCUUGAGAAGAUCUCUUGAAAUGAUAAAAAAAUUGUUCGUACGGUGAUUAUAGCAGUUCUUAAUGGUAUUGUAUUGAUGCAGUCAUAGAUUGGUUAUAGAUUUAUAUAAAUGUUAAAAAGAUGACUUCGUUUAGUUUAGUUUAUAUUACUUUUCGAAUGUAAACUUUUAUAUGGUGUAAAUCUUUGUAUAAUUUGCGCUCCCGUUGAAAAUAAUUAUAUAAUGAUCGUAAUAUCAUCAUGUUAUUCAGUUUAUGGGGCAUCAAAAUUCCCGUUUUGGUUUAUAUCACUUUGUCAACAUUCACGCUGUAACUGUGCAUUAACGCUCCCUAGAAGAGAAACAAACCCUGUGUAGGCCGGGGGGGCCUCGGACCCCC